AUGGCUGGCAAGAAGAGCAAGAGCAAGAAGAGCGUUGCAAAGGUCAACGGGACGGCUUCACGUCCUGCGGCCCCUGCGGCCCCUGUGGCCCCUGCGGCGGAGACGCCUGCGGCGUCUGAAGCGGCUGAGCCCUCAGCUCUGGUGGAGCCAGCUGAGCGGUCUGAGCCGGCCAAGCCCGCGCCCAAAGCGCCCAAAGCGCCUUUGCCCGACCCAGCUUGGCACAAGAGCUCAGGCACUGCGAGGCCUUUCAGGCAGCAGUUGAAGGACAAGAAGUUCCGUGGCUUCAUUUGCGGAGUUGAUGCUGCCAGCUUGGAUGACUGUGCAGCUGAGCUCAUCCCGGAUGAGGUCAAGGAGCCCAAGAAACAGGCCUUAAGCAAGUGGCUGGGCUGCCAGGAGAGUGACUUGAACUUCCGGAAGUUGGAUGGCCUGGAGCUCUACUUCAGCGCAAGUGCCAGGCGCAAUGCAGCUGUCAACAAGCUGGCGAGUCAGAUUGCUUGGGCUUGUGGGGUGGAGAUCAUCGCGGUGGGGAAGCUGGCGAUUGUCACGGAGAGCAGCGCCAGACCCGGGGUUUUGGGCAAGAUGAGGGAUGCGCGAGUCUUUGAAAGCCUCGAGCAAAAGAUGAAGAAGAUCGAUGCGCAGAACGAGUUCGGCAGCCUCUUCUACGUGCCCAUUCCUCGUGACCCCGGGCCCGAGCAGCUACAAUCAGAGGAGAUCUCAGCUGCAUCCCGCGGAUAUGCAGAGCUCAUCCAGCACUGCAAGACGCUCUUUGAGGAGCGAGGUGCCAAGAAGGAGGUCUUCGAAGAGCCUGAGAGCGACGAGGAGGAGAAUGCUGAUGCCUUGCGCCAGGACACUGGCGUCGAGAACGAGAAGCAUGACCGCCAAAAUCCACUUCUGAAUGCCUUCAAGCGUCAUGGCUUCAAUCUGGUGUACCUCUCGGAAGCCAUCAACGUGAUCCUGGUUGACCAAGCCUGCCAGACACACGCCCAGAAGAGAAGGGGCGUCAACGUGGCAGUGGCGCGGUACAUCUACCACAAGUUCGGGGCACCCCACUUGGAGAGGAUAGUCUCCAACCUUCGGGGCGACGUCCUCGUGUUCAAGGCAAGCCAGUGGGAUUCUGAGGAGGCCUGCAGGGCAGCUCCGUAUCUCUUGGCGGACGAACCUGACUUAUGGCCAUGGGUCGAGGCCUAG